ACCCACAAGCGGCCAUUAGUCUUGGAGUGAAGCUUGAACGAGUGAGACGUGUGCGUUUUUCUUCUCCCGAUUGAAAAAAAAAAGAUUUUUGAUUUUCGCGCCCAAGUUUGUUUAGUAGUAAACAUUUGGUUUAUUUUUUUCGUCCUCUUCUACACUCAACUCUGUUUCGUCGUAGUCAAUUCUGACGACGGAACUCUGCCACACACACCAAUACAAACAAUUUCGUUACGGAUUACUUUCAACGUUGUUCACGAUAGAAGGGCACGAAUCAACAACUCAUGGAAGACCGAUAUGGCGCGCUAGUCGCCUGGCAUCAGCAGCCGGGACAACUGGGUCGAGUUGCGCUAAUGGGCGGUCCCGUCGUCCAGCUCGUCUAAUGGCGUGGACUCGAUUAACGCCACCAAUGUUUUCCCACUUCCUCGUCCGUCCGCGACGACGCCGACGACGAAGUCUUCCCGACACAAUCUCUUUCCUCGUGGCUCUAGUCAUCGUGAUUGCCAUGUGGAGCGGUGGGGUUGAAGGCAACAGCGGUUGCAAGGUGGAUCACUGCACUCGUCAAUUCCAGCAGGCGGCCAUGAUGAGCGGCGUGCGACGAGGCCCCUCGCCGGCCUUCUGCGUCAUCUUGCGCCAGUAUUCCGAUUGCCUUCGUUCGACGGCGCGAUCGUGUCGCGGACACUUGGCCUACCAUUCGACCAUCACGUUGGUGCAGAAUUGGAACGGAGAUUUCAAUUGUUCCUACAUCGGGGGCGGUUCGGCGCCGGCUCCGCUCCCCAUUAAAGACAAUGGCCGUUUCCGCAAUCACGAUCAUCAUUCGACGUCGAAUUUGCACGCCGCUAAAAUGGAGGAUUCCUAUUCGAACGACAAGACGGUGACGUCGUCGUCGGCCGAGCGGACGACGAGCCUCGAACCGACGGCCCGCGUCUACGUUCGUCCGGAGAAGCCGCUCAACAGUCUGCCCAUUACGGGCACGAAUGUCGUGAUGGAAGCCAGUCCGGCGUGCACGUAUCAGGGCCGGCCCGAAGUGACGCAUUGCAGUUUCUAUGGCGACCCGCAUCUAGUGACAUUUAACGGAGACUUUCAAACGUGCAAAGUGGCUGGUGCGUGGCCCCUCAUCGACAACGCUUAUUUGGCCGUCUCCGUGACCAACGAAGCCGUUGUGCCCGGAUCUGCUGCCACAGCUACCACCAAGAUCACCAUCAUCAUCAAGGGAGGCUCGGACUGUGCACCGGAACGGACCUACGAAGCGGCAGUCGAUUCAGUUCCGGCCUCGUUUGUAGACGGCAGUCAGUGGGGCGGACCUUUGCCGCCGGGCAGCAGCGCGUUGCCGUCAUCGGCGCUUGAGCAUUUGGUUCCCGUCAGGAUCGUCGACAAGGAACCGGGACGUCACGUGGAAAUUCACGCCCGCCAUCUGGGCGCGACUCUGAUCGUUCGCCAAGUCGGUCGCUACUUGACUUUUGCCGCCAAACUGCCCCGAGACAUCGCCCAGCAAGGAGCCGGGCGAGAAGGUCUGCAACUCUGCGUUAAAGGCUGUCCAGCGUCGGAGCGCAUCGACGUCGCCACCGUCCUGCUCGGCACGGGUCAUGGCCGUCAUCCUAGCAUGCCAUCUAGCGGACGAUUUUAUCGCUCGCAGACGAGCGAGUCGCCCUCGUCGCUCGUCAAGGGCAUGACCCGAGACGCUGCGCUCGCCCUCUGCCGUGAAUACAAUCUGACGGAUUAUUACUUGGAUUCGUGCAUGUUUGAUCUGAUGACGACGGGCGAUCCGAGCUUCUCUCUGGCCGCCAGCCGUGCCCAGUCGGACUAUCUUUCGCUCCUGCCGGACGCGGCCUAUCGGUUGGCCAAUCGGACGUGGCCACUCGGCGCUUCCGGCUCGUCGUCGACAGCGUCGAGAGGAAGUCUCUCUUUAUCGGCGUCGUCGUCUGCGGCAUCCAGCCUUUUGCCAUCGGCCGUCCGAGAAGCGCACGGACCAGGCCGGCCGUCCAUCAUUACAGUCUGUCUCGUCCUCGUCUGGACCCUGAUGAGCUUAUGGAACCCAUUGCGGUGAUACCACAGGAAAUAAGACACAAUUCUAACGAAAAUAGCAAGGGAAAUAAUUGUACAGUUUCAUCGUUGGUCGUUAUGUCAUCAUACAUGAAAUCACUUGUUUAUGUGUUGUGUGCGUGUCUGUAUAUAUAUGUAUGUUUGAUGUGCAUUAUAUAUAUAUAUAUAUAUAUAUAUUUGAUAUAAAAUUAUUGGACUGAUUUAAGAGUUCGUAUGUACAAAGAAAAAAAAAAAAACAGAAGAUGUCGUCCGUACCAAAACAAAAUGUUCGUCUCCUUUCUCAAUCUGUUCCCACCCCACAAACCGUGUUUUAAAUUUUGCCGGCCAAUAUAUAUUAUAUAUAUUUUUUUUCGUUGUCGUUGAUAUCGAAAUUAAAAAAUAAAUUAAUAAAAAAAAAAA